AUGGACGACGAGCUCAUGGAUUCGAUGGGUGGCGGGGGUGGUGGAAGUAAGCGUCAGCAUCAGGGCACCAAGUACCAUCGAACACUUCAGUCCGAUGGGACGUACCUAACCCUGAGACAUGCCUUCGGGGUAGAGGGGGGCAUCCGGGACAACGUGGCGUUCGUCACAGUGCCGGAUCCGGACGCCGAGGGGGCAGGGCUGAUGCUCGGAUACCUCUUGCAUCCAGUUGGUCAGCAGGUAGCCAUGCACCGCGUGGAUGACGGCAGCAUGAAAUUCCUCGUCAGUCGUCAGAGAAACGUGCGAGAAAUAUUGGCACUGUGCGUUUCACCCAACAAGCGGGUCAUUGCCGUCUGCGAGAAAGGCCGGGCCCCCGAAGAGGAUCCGGGGAGCGCUCAGGUGUCGGUUUACCUCGUGGCGAACGGGAAACGAAUCCGAACGAUGCUGUUCCCCGGAAGGGGAGACUUCAUAACGUGCUGCUUUUCGGGGGACAGCAAAUGGCUCGUUACUGCCGCAACCGAGCCUGAGAGCAACAUCGUGGUCUGGAACUGGGAAAAGGAGAAGGUGCGAAACAACUUCAUUCGUACGAUGUUUGGGCCAAAAACGGGGGUGGAAUGUGCAGGACAUUGCCGCUUUCACCCUCAUGGAAUGCACACCCGCAUGUUACUUGUAGACAAAACCGCCCAAAACAGCGGUUCCUCCGCCACCCGGGUGGCGUUUCACCCAGGGGACCACGGCUUUUUUACUACGAGCGGGGCGCAGCACCUGCGGCUGUGGUAUACCUCGUCCGAUAACGUACUCAAGGCCCACGCGAUCUUGCCGCAAGCAAAGGAACAGGCGAGCAACAGGCGCCAGCCCACCCGGAUGGUGGCAAUAACAGAUGGAGACGACCACGGAGCGUCAAGCGGAGGAGGAGGGGGGGGGAUGAACCAGCGCGGAUCCUUAAUCCUGGUUUUCGACGCUUCGACGGCCUCCCCAUUCCUCGAGCUCAAGCAGACGCUGCACGCACAGUUGCCGCACACGGCCCGACUCGAGACGCUCAUACCAUUCAGCAAGGGCUUCAUUGUGGCCGGUGGAGGGAUCAACGGAUACCUGGGAGUCUACGAGAACAUGGAAGACCACCGCGACCCGUACAUGUGGAUCAAAAGCUUCACGGCCAACGGCUCCGCCCUCGAAUCGCUCACGCUGAACCGCGGUAGCGAGGUCAUGUACGUCUAUUCCAGGACCAACGAAAUCCUAACGUUCAACCUCGGGAACAUGGACGUGCUCGACGAGGGCAGCAACCACUUCCACCCGUUGCUGCAGGGGGGUAAUCACACAUCCCCGGUCGUGGCACUGGAUGUGUGUCUUACCAAGCCGAUCGUCGUGACCGUGGGAGGGGACCGCGUGCUAAGGGUCUGGAGUUAUCUCAAGUGGAAGUGCGAGGUGGUGUACGAGUUUCGCAACGAAGACCCCAACUGCGCGAGCCUUCACCCUACGGGCUUUCAGGUGGCCGUGGGAUUCAAGGACCGGGUCCGAAUCUACAGCCUUCUGAUGGAGGGGCUGAGAGUGCUGAGGGACAUUCCUCAGAAGAACUGCCGGGCAGUGGCCUAUGCCAAUGGCGGGCACCUCCUGGCGGUUGCGAGCGGGUUUUCCCUGAUGGUUUACACAUCCAUCACGGCGCAGCAGGUGCUUGGUCGAAGCUUGCUGGUGGCCUUUUGUCGGAGUGGUUGGUCCGUGUUGAUCCUGUCGGUGCUGGGAGCGCAGUGGUGA